AUGCUAUAUUUUAUCAAAAGACUAUAUUUGCCAGCAUUAUUUGAACUACAAAGCAACGUACAGGUCAACAUCAACUGUGAUGAUAUUAUAAAGCCCAGAGCACGUACUUACUUCACAGGUCCUGAGUUUUCAAACAGAAAAGCUGUGAGUGCAUUGAAUAAAGAAGAGGGUGAAAACAAGAAGGAAAAUACUAUAAAAAUAAUGUUCGUUGAGAAUAGUCAAAAGAUAGAGCCAGACCCCUCAAUUUUUUAUAUAUUUUGUGCCAAAGAACAUUCAAUUAAUCCAAUCAUAGAGUAUGAGGACAUAUUCUUUAAUCCAAAAAUACUAAAAAUAGUCUUAGAAAUACAGUUCUAUGUAUUUGUAAAGAAUGUGUUCAACGUAAAUCCCUUAAAUAUUUCAAUAAGCACAAAAGACGUGGGUACAAACUUCAGUGCCGUAAUACACCCUACUCUCUUUGCAGUGGCAGUUUACAUACUCUACAGGGCUUGUAGACGAAUUAUCUUUAAGCUGUCAAAGAUGGAUCCAGUCUAUACUGACUUUAAUAUUGUGUCAUCAAAUGUUAAGAAAUUCAAGGAUCUAGAGGAAAAGCCCAUGCCUCAAUGCAGUAUAUGCUUUGAAGAGUUUAUUCCUGAUGACGAUGUCAGAAUACUUGACUGUAAACACUAUUUCCACCCCUCAUGUAUAGACAGAUGGCUCAUUGGGCAUUCGAAGAGGUGUCCCUGCUGUAGAGUAAAUAUCGAAAUUAAUGAACGAGUGUAA